AUGCUGCUUGGAACUUUGUUGCGACUUAUGGGUUCGGAUUUAACUUGCAAUAAUUGCAUUUAUUUCUGUAAUCUUGGAGAUUGUGAUGAAUUUGAAGUAGGGCCUCAUAAAAUGAAUCGAGAGUGCCCUCACUGUGGUAGCACAGAAAUUGACGAAGAUUCGUCUAGAGGAGAUACUACAUGUAUGAGUUGUGGUACAGUACUAGAAGAGUCAGCUAUUGUUUCGGACGUAACAUUUCAGGAAAAUUCCAAUGGUGGUCAUUCUUUAGUGGGUCAGUUUAUUUCAAAAGAGCGCGGUCGAUCGUUUCGUGGUGUUCCCGGCUUAGGACUGCAGGAUUCUCGUGAUAUCACACAUUACAGAGGAAGAAAAUUGAUCGAACAGAUAGCGAGCCAGCUUCGAAUCAAUCAGCACUGUAUCAACACAGCUUUUAAUUUUUUCAAAAUGUGUGUUUCACGCAAUUUCACACGUGGGCGUGUCCGGUCACACGUUGUAGCUGCAUGUUUAUACAUGACUUGCCGAUUAGAAAAUACACCCCAUCUAUUACUUGAUUUCAGUGAUGUCACUCAGGUUAAUGUGUUCGAUUUGGGACGAACGCUUAAUUUUUUGACUCGAUCUCUACGAAUUAACCUUCCCACUACUGAUCCUUGUAUGUACAUCCUACGUUUUGCCGUUUUGCUCGAUUUUGGUAACAAACAACGAGAGGUAGUUUCUAUGGCAACUCGGCUGGUACAGCGGAUGAAACGUGAUUGGAUAGCGACCGGAAGACGACCAACUGGUCUUUGUGGUGCAGCAUUAGUACUCGCAGCCCGAUGUUAUAAUUUCAAUCGGACGAUAGCGGAUGUAGUGCGUGUUGUUCAUAUUAGUGAGGCCGUAGUUCGAAAGAGGCUUGAAGAAUUUGGGCAAACACCAUCAAGUGCUCUGACUAUUGAGGAGUUCUCAUCUAUUGAUCUGGAACAUUGCGAAGAUCCUCCAUCGUUUCGCGAAGCGCAACGUAAAGCUCGUCUAUUACAAUUAAAAAAAGAGGAGGAAGCAUUAAAAAUAAUGGAGUCAGAAAUCGUACCAAUGGAAGAAGAGGUUGAAAGGGCUCUUGAAAAAAAACGAAAAGAACGCUUCAAGCGAACUUAUUAUGCACGUCUCAUGAGUGAAUCGUUAGGAUUGGAAUCAGACGAACUUGCUUCAGCAGAUGCUGUAGUUCGGAAUGAAAUUGUUGAUUUAGUGUUUUCUGCCGCGACAAAUGAUGCACCGCUGUCCAAUGUUGGUAUGUCAUCCACCUUUGCUCCUUCAUUGACUAGUCUUGGUAUAGUGCCCUCAAAAAAUGAGACUGAAAUAAUAGUAGUUAAUGAUGAUGAUCGAAAAACAACUGAUUUUACAGAUGACCUUGAUAUAGAAGGGAUUGACGAUGAUGAAAUCAAUUCGUAUAUAUUGACGGAGGAAGAAGUAGGCGUGAAAACUCGUUUUUGGAUGAAAGUAAAUGGCGAAUAUAUGAAAGAAAUGGAAAAACGACGUCGUGAAAAAGAAGAAAAACGGGAACAAGAAAGCGCUACUAAGAAGCGUCGUCAAACAACUUGUACACGUAAAAAAGAGGCUGAUAUGGCUGCAACUGCGCAAGAAGCAAUGGAAAAAGUCAUACACGAAAAGAAGCUUUCAAAUAAAAUAAACUACGAGGUAUUAAAAGAAAUGGAAAGUGAGAAUUUUAUUGCUAUAACAUCCGAAAUAGACAAUGGCAUAUGUGUCACGUCGAAAAAGACUAUUGACAACGAUGAGAAUAAUUCAAUCUUGUCAGGGAAAAUAUUAGUGGAAUAUCCUAUUGUUAUAUAA